AUGCAGGAGGAUAGCUCGGAGGUACCCCCAAGAGAUUCUAACAAGACUGAACUGUCUCUUCAAAGCAUCCAGAAAUUUGUUCCCACAGAUUAUGCCAGCUACACGCAGGAGAACUAUCUGUUUGCAGGCAGGAAGAUUGUCCUUCAAGAGUCGAUUGAGAGCUACGGAGCCUUGGUGUGGCCGGCGGCAAUGGCUUUGUGUCAGUAUUUGGAGGAACACACAGAAGAACUGAAUCUCCAAGAUGCAAAGGUGAUAGAAAUUGGUGCUGGACCAGGCCUGGUGUCCACUGUGGCCAGCAUCUUAGGAGCUCAAGUGACAGCGACGGACCUGCCGGAUGUCCUGGGAAACCUUCAGUACAACCUUCUCAGGAACACGCUGAGCUGUGCGACGCAUCUGCCCGAAGUGAAGGAGCUAGUGUGGGGAGAAGGCCUGGAGCGGAACUUCCCCAAAGCCUCCUUCUAUUAUGACUACGUGGUUGCCAGCGAUGUGGUCUACCACCACUACUGUCUGGACCAGCUGCUGGCCACCAUGGUCCACCUCUGCCAGCCGGGCACCGUGCUGCUCUGGGCAAACAAGUUCAGGCUCAGCACUGACUACGAGUUUCUAGGGAGGUUCAAGCAGCUGUUUGACACCACCCUCUUGGCUGACUUUCCAGAGUCAUCGGUCAAACUUUUUCAAGGGAUUUUGAAAUGGGACUGAACUAAGGGGAGGAAAAGAACCAAAACUUUUCCAAACUCUAGUGUAUCUUUGAACAGUUCAAGAAGAUUCCAUUUUAGAGGACUGAGAAGGCAGUUC